AUGCCAGUGGUGGAUCCAGAAUUGGCAAUCCAUAGGUUGAAUGUCAAAUUAGGUUUUAAACCUGUAAUUCAGAAGGGGAGAAGGUCAAUCGUUCAACAUACGGAGGCCGUCGUUAAGGAGGAUGGAAAAUGGAGGGUCUGUGUUGAUUUCACUGAUUUGAACAAAGUAUGUCCAAAGGAUUUGUUCCCGCUUCCUAAAAUCGAUCAAUUGGUGGAUAUGACAUCAGGAAUGGUAAGGAUGAGCUUCCUGGACGCAUAUCGAGGGUAUCAUCAAAUCCCAAUGCAUCCGUCUGAUCAGGAGAAGACUUCGUUCAUCACCCCAAAAGGAAUAUUUUGUUACCAAGUAAUGCCUUUCGGCUUAAAGAAUGUAGGUGCCACAUUUCGGAGGAUGGUGACAAAACUCUUUGGACCUCUGAUUGGCAAGACUAUGGAAGUUUACAUAGAUGACAUGGUGGUCAAAAGCAAAUUUCAACAGGACCAUCUGAUGCACCUUCAAGAGGUGUUUGAUGUCUUAAAGAGAAAUGACCUAAAGCUCAAUGCUAGCAAAUGCGCUUUUGGAGUUAGUAUGGGCAAAUUCCUGGGCCAUCUAGUUACACAAAAGGGAAUCGAGGCUGACCCAGCACAGAUCAAGUCGGGGAGAGCUUUCCAAUGGGAUGAUGAAUAUGAGGCGGCUUUUCUUGGAUUUAAGAGUUACUUGCAAAAACCCCAACUAUUAGCAACUCCUAAGGAAGGAGACAUGCUUCAACUAUACAUGGCAGUGUCAGAUCAUGCCAUCAGCGUUGUAAUCAUAAGAGAAGAAAGAAAGGUCCAGUACCCAAUCUACUACGUAAGCAAGACAAUGCUAGAUGCUGAAACAAGGUACUCGCCCCUGGAAAAGCUUCUCUUGGCAUUGGUAAUGGCUUCUAGGAAGUUGAACCAUUAUUUCCAGGCAUUCCCAGUGGAAGUGGUGACAGAAUAUCCAUUGAAGACCUUGUUAGGAAAAGCGAACAUGUCUGGAAGGAUUGCCAAAUGGUCAGUCGAAUUGACUCAGUAUGAUUUACAGUUUGUCCCAAGGACUGCCAUUAAAGCUCAAGUUGAUGGUUCUUCAAGAAGACGAGGAUCCGGAGCAAGAAUUGUGCUCAUAGCAUCUGAAGGAGAAGUAUUAGAUAUGGCUAUACGAUUAGGGUUCCCAGCAACAAAUAAUGAAGCCGAGUAUGAGGCCUUGUUUCAAGGAGUCCAGAAUGCUCUAAGACUUGGGGCAAAGGAGUUGGUGAUUUAUUCAGACUUUCAAUUGGUAGUCAAUCAACUCACUAGACUCUACAAUGCUAGGACGACAACCAUGGCGGCCUACAUGGGAAAAACUGAACAGGAGCAUAACGAUCAUGCAGAUGCUUUGGCUACCCUUGCAUCGGUCGACCAACUAGGGGUGAAGAGGGUUAUCCAAGUACAAGUGCUUGAACGACCAAGCAUAGAUGAGUUGCUAGAAGAGAUACGAUGCGCAGAAGAGCAGACGCCAAGUUGGAUGGAUCCCAUCGUUGCUUACUUAAAGGAUGACAUUCUUCCCAAAGAUAAGAAAGAAGCCAGAAAAUUGGCAGUCAAAGCAGCGCUCCUCUGGUUGUCUCCUGAUCAGAAGCUUUAUAAAAAGUCUUUCUCAGGUCCAUACUUAUUAUGUGUUCACCCAGGAAGAGUGGAGGACCUUUGGAAGGACACUUGUAUUUCGAGCAAUCACCCAAGGCUUCCGGUGGCCGUACAUGCAGAAGGAUGCUUGCAGUACGUAAAAAAGUGUGGGAAGUGUCAGAAAUUCACACCAAUCCCCCACCAACCGGCUGGGAAUCUUUGUCCUCUUACAAGUCCGUGGCCUUUUGCCCAAUGGGGGUUGGAUAUUGUUGCACCGCUUUCGCGAGCUACUGGCAAUAGAAGAUUCUUAAUUACCGCCACUGACUAUUUCACUAAAUGGAUCGAGGCAAAGCCUCUGGCAGCAAUCCGACAUAUAGAAACAAGGAAAUUCAUUUGGGAAAAUAUCAUAACAUGGUUUGGAAUCCCUCAUGCCUUGAACAGUGAUAACGGAACUCAAUUUUCAAGUGCCAAAUUUAAAGAAUUUUGUGGCGGAUAUGGGAUAAAUAAUCUCUAUUCCAGUGGUCAGGCAGAGGCGUCCAACAAGAUCAUAUUAGACGAAAUUAAGAAAAGAUUGGAGUCUUCCAAAGGAAGGUGGGUAUAA